CACACUUUUUUUUUUUAAUAUAUCAUGCCUGUCGAAGGAUUCAAAGUAGAUACUGAUAAAGCUGUUGGUCAUAAAUUUAAACCUGAACGUUGGAGCUGCAACCGUCGGGAUCACCUUUUAUAUGCUUUGGGUGUUGGAGUUAGUGAAGAUGAAUUAAAGUUUUUAUAUGAACUUCAUCCUCAAUUCAAUGUUUUACCAACUUAUCCUCUUGUACUUGGACUAAAGGGUGAUAGUUCUGAUGUCAACUUGUUCAAGGAUCGUGCUGGUGGUGGUGGUCCUUUACCUGGUAUGCCUCCUUAUGAUCCCAAUAAAAUUGUUCACGGUGAACAAUCCUUGGAAGUCUUUACUCCUUGGCCUGUAGCUGGAGGUUCUUUUAUUGCAGAAAAAACUUGCACUGGUGUUUACGAUAAAGGUUCUGGAAUGGUAAUCGAACAAACUGUCGAUGUCUAUGGUGAACAUGACAAGAAACACUAUUGUCGUAUGGUUAGCAAAUCCUUUGUACGUGGUUAUGGUGGAUGGAAUGGUCCCAAAGGUCCUAAAGCUGUCUCUUAUGUUCCUCCCAAGCGCAAUCCUGAUGCUGUCGACGUCUUUGCCACUACUAAAAAACAAGCUUUAUUAUAUCGUUUAUCUGGUGAUUAUAACCCUUUACAUGCUGAUACGGACUUGGCACGCAAAGUUGGCUUCCCUACUUCCAUACUUCACGGUCUCUCAACUUAUGGAGGCUGUGCUCAUGGUAUCCUCAAAAAACUUGCCAAUAAUGAUCCUAGUAGAUUCAAGUCCAUCGAAGCCCGUUUUGCCUCACCUGUCUUCCCUGGUGAAACUAUCGAAACUUAUAUGUGGAAGGUUGAUACCAAGGAUCCCAAGACUGAAGGUGUGAUAUUUGUUGCCAAGGUCAAAGAACGUGAUGUGGUGGUUGUCAACAAUGGUUAUGCUGUUCUCUACAAAGAAUCUCCUUCUGCCAAACUGUGAUCAUAUUACUUUAGUUUAGUUUAUAUAGGUUGUUUACUUUUGAAAAUAAAGUGCUUAGUCGACUGGAACUUUUGUAAAUUACUAGA